UCCGUGUGCUUGCAUAGGCUUGAAAAGUGGGGGGGCCUACAUCAUUCCCCUCCUCUGGACUGCAGCUUGACUGGAAAGCCUUGUAUGUGACCAUCUCUGACCUCUGCAGAAAGUCUUGGCACCCUUUCCUCUCUUUUUUCAUUUUGGGCAAGGGGCCGGGGGGUGGGCUGGGGGGGAGUGACGCGGCGGUGGCUGUCCAUUUCCAGCGGAUGUCCAUGAAUGCAAACACCAUGAUAUUUAUGAUCCUGGGGGCUUCUAUUGUGAUGGCAAUCGCGUGCUUGAUGGAUAUGAAUGCACUCCUGGACCGAUUUCAUAAUUAUAUCUUACCGCAUCUGAGAGGCGAAGACAGAGUUUGCCACUGCAACUGUGGAAGGCACCACGUCCACUAUGUCAUCCCCUACGACGGAGACCAAUCCGUAGUGGAUUCCUCCGAGAACUACUUUGUGACUGACAAUGUAACCAAGCAAGAAAUCGACCUGAUGCUGGGACUUUUGUUGGGUUUCUGUAUAAGCUGGUUCCUGGUGUGGAUGGAUGGGGUCCUCCAUUACGCCGUGCGAGCCUGGAGAACAAGUCGACGGUAUGACAAUUCGUGGUCUUGGAUCCCGAAAUUUUGUAACUUCAAGGAAUUCAGAAAACGUCAUCACAGGCAGUACGACGAACCGACUGGGAACAUGGUACAUAUCAAACAGAAGUUGUACCAUAACGGGCACCCUAGUCCGAGACACCUCUGAAAAAUCCAAGACUAAUGAGGGGUGGUAGAACUUGCCUUUGCUGUUGUCUAAGAGGAACGUCCGUAUGCCCGUUCCUCGAUGGAUGCCUGCUAAGGACUUCCUUUUACUUACCCACACGGUGUGUCUUCCCGACACACAGAGAAUGCACAAUUUACCCUUGUCUCGGAUGCAAGGUACUCAAGACGUUGCACUGUGGUUACCAUUUUAUUGGUGGACUUGUGUAUAUAUGUAAAAAACAAACCAGAUAAAUCAAACAGAAAGAGAAA